AUGGUUGCUGACGUUGUCUCCUCGUUUCAAUCCAUGAAGUUGGCUGGCCCUGACAUGCUGGUUGACAAUUAUGACCAAUAUACCAAUCACGACAAUGAAGUUGUCAACAUCUCUCCCGAUGAUGCUUCAGAAGGCCCCUCCGAAAACCUUCCUCGGGCUGAUGAUUUCGAGGCCAUGAAACGUCAUGUCCUGGUCGAUCUCCCUGACACCGAAACUGAAGCCGAAGCCUACCACACCUGGCACAUUGAAAAGUGGCGGAACAUGCCUAGGAGGGAACAUGGCCCUGUCUUUGAAUGUGGUGGUCACCCGUGGCGUGUUCUUUUCUUCCCCUACGGCAACCAAGUCGACUGUGCCUCGGCCUAUCUUGAACAUGGCUUUGAAACCGACCCUCCUCCCGACUGGUAUGCUUGCGUCCAAUUUGCCUUGGUUCUGUGGAACCCCAAUGACCCAACCCUAUUCCGCUCGCACACCGCAACACAUCGCUUCAAUGCAAAGGAAGGGGACUGGGGCUUCACAAGAUUCGUCGAACUAAGAAAGGCCUUCCAUCAGCCUUGGGAGGAUGGCUCAAGACAUCUGGUCGAGAACGAUGAAGCAAAGCUGACAGCAUACAUCCGAAUCAUCAAAGAUCCUACGGGCGUGCUAUGGCAUAACUUUGAAGGAUAUGACUCCAAGAAAGAGACCGGCAUGGUCGGCCUAAAGAAUCAAGGUGCAACGUGCUAUCUCAACUCUUUACUCCAGUCUCUAUAUUUCACAAAUGCCUUCCGAAAAGCCGUUUAUCAAAUACCCACCGAGGACGAUGCCAACCGUGGGAACAGUGCCUGGACGCUUCAACGCCUGUUCUACAAAUUGCAAAAGGACAAAUUGGCUGUCUCGACCAAUGAACUCACAGCUUCCUUCGGCUGGGAUACCCGGCAGAUCUUUGAACAACAAGAUGUCCAAGAGCUAUCCCGGAUUCUGAUGGAAGUAUUGGAAAAGAAAAUGAAAGACACUCCUGCUGAAAGAACAUUGCCAGAAUUGUUCGUGGGUAAGACCAAAACCUAUAUCUCAUGCAUUAAUGUGAACUUCGAGUCCUCCAGGAUCGAGGAGUUUUGGGAUAUCCAACUUAACGUCCGAGGCAACAAAAAUCUGCACGAGAGUUUCAUGGACUACAUCCAGGUUGAAACCCUCGAGGGAGAGAACAAGUACGACGCUGGUGAACCCUACAAGCUCCAAGAUGCCAAGAAGGGUGUCAUAUUUGAGAGUUUUCCUCCCGUCUUGCAUCUACAGCUGAAGAGAUUCGAGUACGAUAUCAAUCGAGACGCUAUGAUGAAGGUCAAUGAUAGACAUGAGUUUCCUGAGGAGUUUGACGCGUCUCUCUACCUAUCUGAUGAUGCAAAAAGCGCUACCUCCGAGCCAUGGCUAUACCAAUUGCAUGGUGUGCUGGUUCAUAGCGGCGACUUCAAUGCUGGCCACUAUUAUGCGUUCCUCAAGCCAGCAAAAGACGGCUUCUUCUAUAAAUUUGAUGAUGACCGAGUUACCCGAUCUACCAUGAAAGAGGUGCUUGAAGAGAAUUUCGGCGGCGAGUAUGCCAACGUCGCAAAUGGAGGGCCAGGACAACGUCAGCCAUACAUGAGAGGCUAUUCGACCAAGCGGUCCAUGAACGCAUACAUGCUGGUGUAUAUCCGCAAGAGUAGACUCGAUCAAGUCCUGGUUGGGCUCAAUGAACAAACUAUGCCAUCUCAUAUUGAAACCCGAAUUGCAGAAGAACAAGCUGAGCUGGCAAGGAAGAAGAAGGAACGUGAGGAAGCUCAUUUAUAUAUGAAUGUGGGCAUCAUCACAGAAAAGACUUUUCAAGAGCAUCAUGGCUUUGACCUGACCAGCUAUGAACUUGAACAAUCCGAUCCAGCUUCGGCCCAGGUUCAUCGCCUCUUACGCACCAUGAAAGUCAACGAGCUUGCUGCUCAAGUUGCAGGAGAGCUAGGACUGGAGUCUGAUCAAGUUCGACUUUGGGUCAUGGUGGGCCGGCAAAAUAAGACAAAUCGUCCUGAUCAGCCAAUCAAAGACGGCGAUAUCACAAUGGAAGAAGCUUUGAACAAGUAUGGGUCACGAGGACGACCAUUCUACCUAUGGGCAGAAACGGCAAGCAAAAGUGAAGAUGGAAAGACUCAAUUUCCCGAUCCUUCUGAGGCUGCUGGAGGAAAUCUUCCAAUCUUGGUUUUCCUCAAGUAUUUUGAUGUCAAAGGACAAAAUUUGACUGGUGUUGGCCACGUUUAUGUCAAGAAAUUGGAUAAAGUCCAGGAGAUUGCAUCACGAAUCAACAAGAUCAUGGGCUGGGAUUCGACAACGCAGAUCCUUCUCUUUGAAGAAAUCAAAUUCUCCAUGAUUGAAGCAAUGAAGCCGAAGCAAACAUUUCAACAGUCCGAGAUACAGGACGGCGACAUCAUUUGCUUCCAACAGAAUUUACCAGACCUGGACUCUUCGACGAUAACGUACAGCGAUGCACGCCAAUAUUACGAUUACUUACUCAAUCGAAUAUCAGUGAGCUUUUUCCCCAAACCUGGCAGUGAAGGAGAUGCCUUCACCCUCAGUCUCAGCAAAAAGAUGACAUAUGAACAACUCUCGACGAAGGUCAGCGAGCAUCUUCAUGUCGAUCCAACUCAUAUCCGCUUCGCAACAAUCAGUUCGACCAACAACAAGAUCAAGAUCUGGAUCAAGCGUGGUAUGAAUCACAAUCUGCAGCAAAUCCUGCAAUCACAAUUUUCAUCUUACGGCGGAUAUGCAACACACCGCAAUGAUGCUCUAUACUACGAGAUUUUAGAAACCAGCUUGGCAGACUAUGAGACCAAGAAGAUCAUGAAGGUCAUCUGGCUUACUGAAGGAAUCAGUAAAGAGGAGCAACUGGAAAUUCUAGUCGCAAAGAACGGCAUCAUUGGAGAUCUCGUCAACGGCAUCGCCAAGAAGCUUAAUAUGGACGAACAGACGGCGAGUAGUAUUCGAAUACUCGAGGUGCAUGGCGGCAAGAUUCACAAGGAGCUGAUAGAAGAUUUCAACGUUGGUGGAGUUAAUGAGUUCACCACUCUAUACGCUGAGAAGAUUCCAGAGGAAGAAUUGAAAGCCUCUGACGACGACAGAUUCAUCUAUUGUUACCACUUCGACAAAGAAGCCAGCAAGCCUCACGGUGUGCCAUUCAAGUUCAUGCUCAAACCGGGAGAACGACUUAAUGAUACCAAGGAAAGAAUAAGCAAGAGGACUGGCAUCAAAGGCAAGCUCCUGCAGCAGAUCAAAUUUGCGCUUGUGCCCAGAGCGGUGUACGCGAAACCGAAACAUCUCGAGGAUGAUGACGUGAUUGUCGAUCUGAUUCAGGACGGUGACGAAAUGCUUGGGCUGGAUCAUGUCAACAAAGCCAGGAAUUUCUGGGGUCGAGCUGAGGGGAUGUUCAUCCGAUAG